AACAACCACCGGUAAGCGAAGUGGGCCUCGCACUCCCGGGUUAGCAGCCGUAGCCAGAUCCGUUGAAAGGAGUGCAGAGAGGUCUCAUUGAGCUCCCGAACAGACCUGACGUAGAUCCGGAAGUGGCCCGCGCCAUCUCAACUAUGAGGGGAUACCCGUAGGCGGCGGGAGCGAGGAGCCAAUAAAGCUCCGCAACCAGAAGUGUCUUCUGGGAGGUGUCGCACCCGGAAGUGUGGCACCUCCCCGGCCGCACCCGGAAGUGUGAUGCCACCGCCGCUACGGGGAAGUAAUGGUAUCCGGCCAAUUGAGAUUCGGGGUUAAAACAGGUGGAUGUGCAGAUGGAGGCCGGAGGAGACACUGCUGCCCCGGCCCCCGGGGGCGCGGAGGACUUGGAGGACACGCAGUUCCCCAGUGAGGAAACUAGAGAAGGUAGAGGGGCUCACGCGGUCCUGCCGGAUCCCGAAGACGAGGGCCUGGAGGAAACAGGAUCCAAGGACAAGAACCAGCCACCCAGCCCAUCACCACCGCCCCAGUCAGAGGCCCCGUCAAGCACCUGUCAGCUCUGGAGUCCUGCAGCCCCUGAGAAUAGUCCCACACGUAGCCCUGAGAGUAGCUCUGGAGGCCAGGGCGGGGACCCCAGUGAUGAGGAGUGGCGCAGCCAGCGGAAGCAUGUGUUUGUGCUGAGUGAGGCUGGCAAGCCCAUCUACUCGCGGUACGGUAGUGUGGAGGCGCUGUCGGCUACCAUGGGUGUAAUGACCGCCCUGGUGUCCUUUGUGCAGAGUGCAGGAGAUGCCAUCCGCGCCAUCUACGCUGGUGAGCAAACAGAGGACCACAAGCUGGUGUUCCUACAACAGGGCCCACUGUUGCUCGUGGCCAUGUCACGGACUUCUCAGUCAGCAGCCCAGCUGCGGGGGGAGCUGCUAGCUGUACACGCACAGAUCGUGAGCACACUUACACGUGCAAGUGUCGCCCGCAUCUUCGCACACAAGCAGAACUAUGACCUCCGCCGCCUGCUGGCUGGCUCAGAGCGCACACUGGACCGACUUCUGGACAGUGUGGAGCAGGACCCAGGAGCCCUGCUCCUGGGUGCCGUGCGCUGUGUGCCCCUUGCCCGCCCGCUGAGAGACGCACUGGGUGCACUCCUCCGACGUUGCACGGCGCCUGGCCUGGCGCUGUCAGUGCUGGCAGUAGGCGGUCGACUGAUAACAGCAGCCCAGGAGCGGAAUGUGCUGGCUGAGUGCCGGCUGGACCCAGCUGACCUGCAGUUGCUGCUCGACUGGGUGGGUGCACCAGCCUUUGCGGCGGGUGAGGCUUGGGCACCCGUGUGCCUGCCCCGCUUCAACCCUGAUGGUUUUUUCUAUGCCUACGUGGCCCGCCUGGAUGCUAUGCCCGUCUGUCUGCUGCUGCUUGGCACCCAACGUGAAGCCUUCCAUGCCAUGGCCGCCUGCCGGCGCCUGGUCGAAGAUGGGAUGCAUGCCCUCGGUGCCAUGCGUGCCCUUGGGGAGGCUGCCAGCUUCUCUAAUGCCUCAUCAACCAGUGCUCCUGCCUACAGCGUGCAGGCUGUGGGGGCGCCAGGCCUCCGGCACUUCUUGUAUAAGCCGCUGGACAUCCCUGACCACCACCGCCAACUGCCCCAGUUUACCAGCCCUGAGCUAGAGGCCCCCUACAGCAGAGAGGAGGAGCGGCAGCGGCUGUCGGACCUGUACCACCGCCUGCAUGCUCGUCUCCACAGCACCUCCCGACCCCUGCGCCUCAUUUACCACGUGGCUGAGAAGGAGACGCUGCUGGCCUGGGUGACCUCCAAAUUCGAGCUCUAUACCUGCCUCAGCCCUCUGGUGACCAAGGCAGGUGCAAUCUUGGUAGUGACCAAACUCCUGCGCUGGGUGAAGAAAGAGGAGGACCGGCUCUUCAUUCGUUACCCACCCAAGUACUCCACACCACCAGCCGCCUCUACGGACCAAGCGGCCCAUAAUGGCUUGUUCACUGGACUCUGAUAGUGGAGCUCCCAGACCAGGCAGUGCUGGGAGCAAUCACCUUUGUUUUUUACCUUCUGUCCACCCUGGAAAUGUGGGUCGGGGUGUGUCCGUGGCCAGUCAUUGUCUUCCCUAAGCAAUGGGGCAAGAUCUGAGGGCCCGCCGACGAGAGAGAUGGUGGCAGCUGCCAGACGAGCAGGCUGCUUUCCCCACCCGGUCAUGCACCUUCCCCUCUGGGAAAAUCUUUAAGCCUCCCUCUCCCUUCCCUCUGUCUCAUCUCCUCCACUUGGAUGAUGCUCUAGCCUCUGUCAGGGACUGUCCCCUCCAAACUUGCUUCAGGGGUCUGCCUCCUCAGUUGAAUCUCAGCCCUGAAUGUCCAGAUCUGGCCUUAAAUCUGGUCUCUAGGGUGGCCCACAGGGGUGCUGGAAUUGGCACUUCAGAGCCAGGCUAUGCUUGGAACUGGCCUGAGGGUAUUUUAAAGAAAAAAACUACAUAAAAGCCCUAAAAGACCCACAAGGAUAUUCCUUUGCCCUUCUUGUACUUUUCUUCAUCUUUACCCUUCCAGAAAUGAUCCCCCCUCAAUGCUGGCUGCUGCUAACAUUAAUGAGAAGGUGGCCUCCAGUGUCCACCUGUGGAACCCAGGACACAGCACCUGACUGCACACAGUGGCUGAAAUCCAGCAUUUUUACAUAGGAAAUGCACUUGGCUUCUAAGCCGCAUUUUACUCAUCUGUGAAACAGAAAUAAGUAACCCUCUCUCAUGAACUCUGAUGAAGAUGUGUAAACGAAAACAGAGUCAAACUAUUGUGUACCACCACAUAGCACAUGCACGUCUGUCCCAGACUUUGACAACCUGCACAAGACAAGCGGCCUAAAGCAGGAGAGACCUCCCUAGGGUUUUGUAUGUGUGCACACUACCCUCACUCCCCAACCAGCCAUUACUCUAGUUCUGCCCUUGUUUGUGGAGUUACAGCCUCAAGGUUGUAGCAUGCGUGCUGACAGUCAGGGCCGCUGUGUGUUCGCGCCUGCCCAGUGCUGACUCGCGAUUCAACCGCUGGCGUAACCGCGGGCUGCACGCAUGCGCGCCGAAAAGCCUUUCACCCUCACGUGGUUUCUUUUUUAACCAGUCGUCAAGCAAGGCUUGCGCGCAGGCCCCGCGUUGGAAAAUGGCGGGGAAGCUGAAACCUCUGAGUGUGGAGGCGCCGGAAGCCGCCAAGGAGGCUGAAGGUAGUGAGGGCAAGUGGGCUGCACUCCCUUCUCUCCAACCAGGGCAGAAAGGAGGGAGGAGGAUUCAUCCCAUUACAAUAAUGAAAUAAUGAUACUCUAAUUUUUUUUUAAUAAAACGUUAAGCCUUUUGUUAUUGAAGAAAAACAAUUUUUAACCAUUCAGCAGAGUGGAGAUAAAUUAACAGGCAUAUUCUUAUCACCGAGAUUAACUUUUGUCAACUCUAGCGUAUACGUUGUUGAACGUAAACAACACGUAGUUCAGUACGAAAGUCUUCAAACAAAAGUGGGGCGGUGUGGAUGUUCUCGUAAAAAUCACCGUGCUGCAGCCACCCCUUAUUAACAGUAAUUCCCAGUGUCGCCAUUUCACACCUAACACAUAUGACACUUUGAUGGACUCUUAAACCUCCUAAUCGAACAUGGCCUCCCCCACAGCCUCUUUUCUCCAGGGUAUUGACUUGAAUGACAGGCAAAGGAGGGUGGAGGGGUGUCGGCCUAGACACUACUGGAAAUUGUAUUCCAUCCAAAAGAAAAAAAAUCCCAGGCCGGGCACAGAGGCUCACGCCUGUAAUCCCAGCACUUUGGAAGGCCGAGGUGGGCGGAUCACAAGGUCAGGAGUUCGAGGCCAGCCUGACCAACAUGGUGAAACCCUGUCUCUACUAAAAAACUAUAUAUACAUGUAUUUAUGUAUGUGUGUGUGUGUGUGUGUGUAUAUAUAUAUAUAUAUACUAAUUAGCCGGGUGUGGUGUUGUGGGCCUGUAAUCGCACCUGCUCCGGAAGCUGAGGCAGGAGAAUCGCUUGAACCCAGGAGGUGGAGGUUGCACUGAGCCGAGAUCAUGUCACUGCACUCCAGCCUGGGUGACAGAGUGAGACUCCAUCUCAAAAGAAAAAAUUCUCCCUUGGCCGGGCUUGGUGGCUUAUGCCUGUAAUCCCAGCACUUUGGAAGGCCAAGGCGGGUGGGUCACCUCAGGUCAGGAGUUUGAGACCAGCCUGGCCAGCAUGGUGAAACCUCGUCUCUACUAAAAAUACAAAAAUUGUCUGGGUGUGGUGGCAGGCGCCUGUAGUCCCAGCUACUGAGGAGGCUGAGGCAGGAGAAUUGCUUGAACCCGGGAGGCAGAGGUUACAAUGAGCUGACAUUGCGCCACUGCACUCCAGUGAGGACGACAGAGUAAGCAAAAAAAAAAACAGAAAACAAAAAAAAAAUCUCCCAAGGCAGUAAUGCAUUUGUAUGCCACUAGCAUUUUUCUUGUUAUAGAAAUAUUCAAAGUGUACCAACGUAGAGAAAAUAGCUUUAAACAAAGCCCAUGUGUACCCAUCAGUAUGCUUUAACUGUUGUCACCUUUCUGCCCCACUUUUAUCUGUCUCGAACACUCCUUUCUGCACACUCUUUAAACCACUGUAUUAAUAAACACAUUAGACUGCAUCCUGCCAGACCUACCCAUACAGACAUCACAGUAAUGAUUAUUGCUUAUUGCCUGACCUAGGAUGUGAGCUCCAUGAGAACAGAGACUGUUUACCUCUCGCUCCCCUGCACCUAAAACAAUGCCUGCUUGGUGUAAAGUAAGUGCUCAGUAAUUUUUUAAUGUGUGACUAAUGAAAUAACUUCAAGAGCAGAGAACUCUUUUAGAUUAGAGGCACAUACUAAGUGCCAGCAUUCAACAAAAGACAGAUGGAAAUAACACGGAUGCAAAUAGAUCUCAUUUAUUAACUGUGUAAUGCAGCUGCCACUGCAAUUUAAAGAAUAUUUUAGUAUCAAUCUUUCAAAUUCCUCAAAAUUUAAGUUAUGACUAACUUCACCAGCAAAGGAAAAACUGAAGGAUGUAUGAAGUUGCCGUUUCUAGCCCAUCAAAUUGGCUUUAUAAAGGGAAGAAUAGUAUCUGGUAUUGACGACCUUGUAGAGAAAGAGGACUUUUCCUGCCUCAGGGAAGAGAGCUGACUCAAAGUAAAGACUUUGCUAGAGGCAGUUUGGCAGAGUAUUUUUAGCAUCUAAAAUGCUCUUCCACUUCUGCAGUGACCAUGCUAUGUAAUCAAAGGAGAAUACGUAAGUGUAUGGACCAGGAAUGGUCACUGGAGUGUUGAUGUAGGCACAACACAAGAAAUAGUGACAGAAAUGGCUAAGUCUAGGUUUGUGUGUGCAUGCUGUGGAGUGUCUCUGUGGUGGGUUUUCUUUUAAGAGGCAGAAAAAAAAUUCUAAUUUAAGUGUAUUAAAAUUCAAUUAUAAGCUGAUAGGAUUAUUAUUGACACACAAGGAGCUCCAAAAGAGAUCUUAUUUAUAUUAGAGACAAGCCAGUUGGGAUUGAAACAAAAAUGGAGGGGGGUAUAGCCCUGUGUAUGUUGCACAGAAAAAGUGUCUGAAUGGUAAAGGCCUAAGUGAUAACUCUGGACAAGGGAUUUGGAUUUUGGGAGUAGUGCAGAGGUAGAGGCAUUUUUGUGAUUUAUUGUUCUAUUUUUCUUUUAGAAAAAUGUAAGUAGUCAUAUAUAAUUUUAAAAUAUAAGGGAGAAGAGGCAAAAUUUUGAAUGGCAACUGAGGAUCCUAUGUUCAUAUUGGAUCAGUAUUAACAUCCAGGUUUUGAUUGUUGUACUGUGGUUACCUGGUAGAUUCCCUUUGUAUAUAAGAAAUAGACACUGGAAAAGUAAGGAGUAAUGGGCCAAGAUGUCUGCAACUUAUUGUUCAGAAUCACUCUCAAAUGGGGAAUCUGAUAUAAGGGCAAAAUGGGAGCACUGUGGCCUAUUUUUACAACUUUUGUGUACAUCUGAAAUUAUUUCAAAAUAAAAUGUUUAAAAGGGU